GCACCAUUCUCCUCCAUCAGUGCUCCGUUCUUGAAGCCAAUAACAGUGACCAGUUGGUAGUAUUCCUUCCUUCAGCUUUCUCGUCCGGCGCCUCCCACCGUCCCUCAGCCCGCCUCACUCUCCCACCCCCACCCGUCGCAAUGGCAUCCGCGGCCGCCAUCUCCACGCUCCUGAGGCCUCCCCGCGUCCACCCCGCCCGCGUCGCCUCCGCCUCUCCACUCCCGAUGCACGCGCUCCCCUUCCUCCCUCGCCGCCCCGGCUCCCUGGCCACGGUCCGCGCCGUCCAAACGCAGCAGGGCGCCGCCGUCGCCGGAAGUAGUGGCGCCACCCAGCGCUCCUGGACCAGUGCGCCCGUCGCCGCCGUCGCCGCUGCCACCGAGGACGAGUCCAUCUUCCUCGUCACCGUCGACCUCUCCGGCGCCCCGGCCCUGGUGGACGCGUACACGACCCCGGGGCAGUACCUCAUGGCCCGCGUCCCCUCGCAGAAGCUCUCUCCGGCGUACAUGUGCAUCUCCUCGGCGCCUCGCUCGGGGCUCCAGUUCGAUCUGCUCGUCAAGCCCGUGCCAGGGACCACCUCGGAGCAGCUGUGCAAGCUCGGCGUCGGGGACGCUGUGGAGCUCGGGCCCGUCAUGGGGCGCGGGUUCGCCAUCCAGCACAUAAAUCCGCCGGCGGCCGCGGAGACCAUGUUCCUGUUCGCUGUCGGGAUGGGGAUCAGUCCGAUUCGUGCACUUAUCGAGUUUGGUUUUGCUGCCUCUGAAAGAAAAGAUGUGAGACUUUAUUAUGCUGCCAAAGAUCUGCAAUCUAUGCCAUACCAGGAGCGUUUCAACAAUUGGGAGCAAACUGGAGUUAAAGUAGUACAGCUCACACAACAAUUUCAGCAAUCUUUCUUGGAACAGAACCUGGGUGAGAAAACAGUAAAUCCACUUUCUACUGGAGCUGUAAUUGUGGCACCGUCUUCAUCGCAAGAGGUAAUCACCGGAGUCCUUUUAGACUUUGGCGUGCCACAUGAAAAAAUCUUAACGAUCGAGUGGUCUCCUGAGGAUCCUUUUGCCUCCAAAGUCUAGGCCUUAUUCAGAGGAACUUAUAUUACGGGCUCCGACAAUAAUGGAUGCUUUUCAGCGGAGUGAUGAUGAGAAUAAGGAACAUUGCUUGAAUAAUGCUUGUCGCACUAGUUAUUAGUGCAAAUGGCGGAGCGUGUUUGUAGUGCUUGACGCAUGCACGUUCAUGCGGAGCGCGUCUGAGUCCUUAGCUGAGUGCGCAGUGUGUUUGUUGGACGUGGGAUGGCACGGCCGGUGAACAAAUAAAAUGGUCAACUUUGAUUUCUGUUUCCCGGAUUGUUUCUUGGUUGGAAGUUAGCACAGUGUGAUUCCAAACCUUGAACAAUUUCAUUUCUUACUUGGAACAAUUCGAUUUCAA